UUCGGCAAUUAUCGAAUGAAAAAGCGAGAAAAUUGCCAUUUAUUUAUAUACUAUAGUAUAUGAAGAUACACAAUUGUUUAUCAUUUAUUUUUGGCUCGUCACUAAUUCUCGAAUAUUCUCGUUUGUCAAUCAUUUUGUCUAUAUUUCGAUUUUUCGAGUGUUUUCCAUCAUCGAUAAUGGCAAGAUCAGCGACUGAAACUAUCGAUAUUAAUUUAUUUCAAGAUGAUUUCAAAAACAUCGAUCAAAAAUUUCUACAAUCAGUUGUUUCGAUUUGCGGUCUUUAUACUUACGAAGACAAAAAACAAUUUUUAUUGAUGACCGAUGAAGCUACAUAUGGAUAUGGUAAACAAAUAUGCUCAUGGUUAUCGUUAAAACAUGAUAUGAGCAAACCCCAACGGAUAUCACUUUUAAAUGAUAUGAAAAUCUUUCAAGUAGAUUAUGGUCGUGAUUUUGUUGCCAUUCUAACUAAGGAUGGACAAGUAUUCUUAGCCAGCGAUGUUGAUUCUAUGUGGAAAACAAAGAGAACAUUACGAUUGAUCUCCACUAAUAAUGAUCGUUUCAAGAUGAUUGCUUGUGGAUACUUCCAUUUAUUAAUGUUACGAGAAGAUGGUCAUGUUUUCGCUAUGGGUUCUAAUUUUCGUGGUCAAAUAACUGGUAAUGAAAUAUCAUCAUAUGAAAGUAUGAUCCAGAUUGAAAACCAAGAAAAUGUAGAGCUCAUAGCUUGUGGAGCGGGUCAUAGUUUUUCAAUAACUAAUAAAAGAGAAAUUUAUGCUUGGGGCGAUAAUGAUUUUGGUCAAUUAGGUUUUGGUGAAAGAAAAAAACGAAACACCCCAUGUCUUGUUGCAUUUCAAAAUGAUGAUUCAACACAAAUCAAAGAUAUUGUGGCUGGUUACGGAAAUUCAUUAUUUUUAUUCGAAAAUGGUCAGCUUUGGGGAUGUGGUUAUAAUUAUAAUGGUGAACUUGGUCUUGGUAAUAGACGAUCAAAGUUGACGAAAAUACCGAUUGGAAAUUUAAAACAAAUUAAAUGUUCAAAAUUCCACAACUUUUCAUUGGCAUAUGAUGGAUCAUCAUACUAUGCAUGGGGAAAAACCAUAUAUGGCAAAUGGUUAUCGUCAAGAAAAUUGAAUGGUCAACCGGCAUCAUUUUCAGCUGCAUCAGCAAUGAUACUAAAAUCACCAAUAACAUUUGGACUAACAACUAGAAUAUUCGAAUUUCAUGAACCAAUAUCAACCAAAUCAAUCAUUCGAUUAUUUAAUAAUCCUGAUAAUUAUGAUGUCAAAUUCAUAAUCGGUGAUAGACGUAUAUUGGCAUGUAAAUGUUAUCUUAAAUCUGCUUCGGAAUAUUAUUGUCUAAUGUUUUCCGGAUAUUGGAUUGAAAAUGACCAAGUAAACAUCGAGAAUUAUUCGUAUGAAACAUACUAUGAAUAUCUACGUAUGUUACACUAUGACUGCAUUGAAAUCAAUCGAAAUAUUAUCUCUCAACUUAUCGAUUUGGCCACUUGUUAUAUCGAUAAAAGGUUGAUGAAACAUUGUGAAACAUUCAUACGGAAUGAUCUAAAUGAACAAACUAUGCCCACAUAUCUUCCAUUAAUUAACAAAUAUGAAAUGAAGGAAUUGUAUGAAAAACUUGCUCAUCUGUACAAAAAUCCCCAACAAUCUUCAACAAAACGAACAAAAUUUUUUUAAACUUUCAUUGCUUUUACCAUCAAAAAUCAUUCAU